GGCAUCACGUGCCGCUCGGCGGCCCCCGAGCAUGCCCAGCUCCGGCUCCGGCUCCGGCUGGGGCUCGGGCUGCGGCUCCGGCUCGGGCUGGGGCUGGCCGGGAGGAUGCUGCGGCCGUAGGCAGCGGGGGGGACCCGGGCCAUGCCCUCCCCGCACGCCACAAUGAAAGGCGGAACACAUUCCUGCACCCAGUGACGGGACAGGUCCCCGAGGACAACUCAAGACUUGACUUGCAAAAACCAACCUUGGACAUGUCAAGCAAAACGGGUGGCAAGCGACCGGCGACCAUCACCAGCGAGCCCUCCAACCACGCCAUGGUGUCGGAGGUGCCCCUGGAGCGCCCUGGAGGCCGGGUGGGUGCCCGGAGCCAGGCGUCACGGCAGGCAGCAGCGGAGACAGGAUGCCGGGGACCCCCCCGGGGACUGAGCGGCUCCUCUCCCCCUCUGCAGGCUUCGCGCUCCUCCCGCAAGGGCAUCGCCUUCGGGAAGCGCUCCAAUUCCAUGAAGAGGAACCCCAACGCCGCCGUCACCAAAAGCGGCUGGCUCUACAAGCAGGCCAGCUCGGGGGUGAAGCAGUGGAACAAGCGCUGGUUCGUGCUGGUGGAUCGCUGCCUCUUCUACUACAAAGACGAGAAGGAGGAGAGCAUCCUGGGCAGCAUCCCCCUCCUCAGCUUCCGCGUGGCGGCCGUGCAGCCCUCCGACAACAUCAGCAGGAAGCACACGUUCAAGGUGACGGUGUGCUGGGUGGAGGAGAUGCCGGCGAGUAACGAGCAGUCCCUGUCUCCCCAGGCGGAGCACGCCGGCAUCCGGACGUACUUCUUCAGCGCCGAGAACACGGAGGAGCAGGAGUCCUGGAUCCAAGCCAUGGGCGAAGCCGCCCGGGUGCAGAUCCCCCCGACCCAGAGGCACGAGAAGCCAGACUCUGAAAACAUCCCCCCCAGCAAACACCACCACCACCGCAACGCCGCCCACCGCGAGCACCCCAAAGCUGACCCCGACGCCAAGACCCGGGGGGAAGGCGACGGCCGUGGCUCAGAGAAGAUCGAGAGGAAGCCGGAGAGGACGGAGAGCAAGAAAGAGCCCUUGGCCAAAGCCAACGGCAUCGCCGGGCAGGAGAUGCCCUCGGAGCCCGGCAGUCCUUACCCUGAGGCACCCCGGGUACCGGCGAGCGCGGAGCGGCCGCCCCAGCCCAACGGCUGGGCAUACUCGUCACCCAGCCGGCCCGGCAGCACCGCGUACCCCCCGCCCGACGGGGAGAGCGUGGUCCACCGCCGGGGCUUUGCCCCCCGCACCAACCCCGAGAAGAUCGCCCAGCGCAAGAGCUCCAUGACGCAGCUGCAGCAGUGGGUGAACUCGCGCCGGGGGGCUGUGCCCCCCGAGGAGCUGCGGAGCCCCACCAGGUUUUACCCCGUGUCUCGCCGGGUGCCCGACUACUAUUCUCCCUACUCGCCCCAGUACCCCGAGGAGUACCAGUACUACCCGCCGGGGGUGCGCCCCGACAGCAUCUGCUCCAUGCCCGCCUACGAGCGGGUGAGCCCGCCCUGGGCGCUGGAGGACAAGCGUCAUUCCUUCCGCAACGGGGGCACCUACCAGCUCCGCGACUGGAAGGAACACCCCGGGUUCGGCCGGCAAGACGUCCCGCUCUGGCUACCCGCUGCCGGGAGGCAGCCGACUUACUUGGAUGAGGUGGAUGCGGCCUCGGGCUCCCUGCGACGGAUGUCGCUGCAGCCCCGCUCCCGCUCCGUGCCCCGCUCACCCAGCCAGGGCUCCUACAGCCGGGCGCGGGUGUACUCCCCGGUCCGCUCGCCCAGCGCCCGCUUCGAGCGGCUGCCGCCCCGGGGAGAGGAGAUUUACGCCGACCCCACCACCUUCAUGAUGAGGCGAUCCAUCAGUUCUCCCAAGUACGACUAUCUGGGAGACAGACGGCCCGUCCCUGCGGGAAUGUAUCCGUACCACUACCCGGCAUCCCCCACCGUCCACGACAAAAUGGAUGAACUUUUAGACCUUCAGUUGCAAAGAAACCUAGAGUAUUUGGACCAGCAGAUGAGCGAGAGCGAAACCCUGAUCAGUAUGGUGAACAGGAUGGUGGAGACCUCCUCCCCUAGGGCUCAGCUCUACAUGCAAGUGACACCCUUCCCGGAGGCCUACAGGGAGACGCUGCAUGCCUACAAGAUAAGCGAGCAAGACACCGAUAAGCUGCUGGGGAAGCUCUGCGAGCAGAACAAGGUGCUGCGGGAGCAGGAGAGGCUGGUGCAGCAGCUCCGAGCAGAGAAGGAGAGCCUGGAGAGUGCCCUGAUGGGGACGCACCAGGAGCUGGAGAUGUUCGGGAGCCAGCCCGCAUACCCGGAGAAGCUGCUGCACAAGAAGGAGUCGCUCCAGAACCAGCUCAUCAACAUCCGCGUGGAGCUGUCGCAGGCCAGCACGGCCUUGGCGAAUAGCACAGCUGAGUACGAGAGCCUGGAGAGCGAGGUGUCCGCCCUGCACGACGACCUCUGGGAGCAGCUGAACCUGGACAUCCAGAACGAAGUGGUCAACCGGCAGAUCCAGAAGGAGAUCUGGCGGAUCCAGGACGUGAUGGAAGGGCUGAGGAAGAACAACCCGUCCCGCGGCACGGACACUGCCAAGCACAGAGUGGCCAUCGGCCCCUCGGGGACGUACAGCUCCAACAGCCCCGCCAGCCCCCUGAGCUCGGCCAGUCUCACCAGCCCCCUCAGCCCCUUCUCCCUCAUCUCCGGCUCCCAGGGCUCGCCCACCAAGCCAGCACCCGGCGAGGAACCGGGCCCGCCUCGACCUCCCCUCCCCAAGUCCUACGUACCCCUGGAGUCUCCUCCGACUGUUCCUCCGCUCCCCGGCGAGAGCCGCCUCUGGCCGUACCCCACCUCCCCUUCCUGGCAGCAAGGCGGCGAGGCGAAGAGGGGACAGCCCAAGACGAGCUUCGAGCAGAGCAAGAAAGAGGUGCAGCGAGCAGCCCCCCCUGGACCCACGGCCGAGGGGCUCCUGCAGAGCCGGCAGGAGCAGGACGCGGAGAAGCAGGCGGCUCUCAACAAGGUGGGCAUCGUCCCCCCCAGGACCAAGUCUCCAGCGGAGGAGGAGGCGGUGCCGGCUGCCGGCAUGCCAAGGAGGAGCGUGGGUGGCAUGGCCAACGGGCUCAGCUCCCGGGAGAGACCAAAGAGUGCUGUGUUCGCCAAUGAAACGAAGGUGAAGAUGAGCGUGGAGGAGCAGAUCGACCGCAUGAAGCGCCACCAGAGCGGCUCCAUGAAGGAGAAGCGGCGCAGCCUGCAGCUCCCCAGCAGCCAUCAGCCCGAGACCCCCGGCACAAAGGCACCUGCCUCCUACAAGGUGGUGCGCCGGCACCGCAGCAUCCACGAGGUUGAUAUCUCCGACCUGGAGGCAGCGCUGCGUUCCGACGACCCCGGCAAGGUCUACGAGACACCCCAGGAGGAGAUCGCCCGGCUGCGCAAGAUGGAGCUGGAGCCGCAGCACUACGACGUGGACAUCAACAAGGAGCUCUCCACGCCGGAUAAAGUCCUCAUCCCUGAGCGGUACGUCGAACUGGAGCCCGACACGCCGCUCAGCCCCGAGGAGAUGAAGGAGAAGCAGAAGAAAGUGGAAAGGAUCAAGACCCUCAUUGCCAAAUCCAGCCUGCAGAACGUCAUCCCCCUGGGCGAGGGGGAGGUGGACGUCCCCCAGGACCCCGAGACCCAGCUGCAGGAGCAGGAGAAGAGGAUAGAGAUCUCGUGUGCUCUGGCUGCCGAAGCCUCCCGCCGGGGCCGCAUGCUCUCGGCUCAAUGCGCUACCCCAAGCCCUCCCACCUCCCCAGCCUCCCCGACUCCACCGACCAACCCCCUCUCGUCUGAAACAUCCCGGGCCGCCGACAACAGCCAUUUUAUGCGUGUCUGAGCCAUGAACUCAAGCCCUGUCUGCUGCUGGCGCCGUCAAGUUCCACGGGGCCACGUUUUAACGUCCCGACACGACAGUGAACCUCUCACCAUCGUUUUCGGUUCUCCCGGACCCCCUUCCCUCCCGCCGACGGCGAGACCACCCGGCACAGCCCAGUGGGGAGACGUGUCGCCGACACCCCCAGCUGCUCUGCCCCGUCCCCGAGGAGACGUGCGGCUGCUGGCAGGUUGUCCACUGGAGCGUGGUCCCCGAGGAGCCCCCCUGGGACAGAUCGGCGGUGUCCUGGGUGUCAGGCUUGCAUGGACAAGGCGUCAGGCAGGGGCAUCUGCAGCGGUGGCCCCUGGCACAGUGGCCAUCUCCUUGCUGGGGUAGCCUUGGGGGAGUGUUGGACUCCCCAGGCUGGACGCGUUGGUCUCCCAAAGGUCUGCGAAGGGGUUCUUCUGGGUGGCCAGUCCCCACCAUGGAUGGUGCUUCCACCUUACACUGGACCUGGAUGCUCCAUCUCGGCUCCUCGGGUGCCUCUUCCCCUCCCUGUGCCCUGAACCUGCUUUUAGCAUCCGUCUGGCUGGGGGUGGCCACCGGCAGAGCCUGGCCUGUCCCACCACCCCUCGCGGUGGUGGCUUAGCAGGAGGAAGAAGGAGCUGUGACGGGGACAGGAGGGAUGGAGAUGGGACUGAGGGGAGGACAGGGAGGUGCCCAGGGGAGCGGUGCACUCAGGAUGGCGUGAGGGCUGCCCGGGGCACUGGUGCGCCGCUGGCACGGAGCAGGAGGUCUGGGCAGGGCUGGGGACGUGUCACGGGAGCAGAGAUGGAGCGGUGGUGGGGAGCUGGGGGGGGCGAGGUGGGACGGCAAAGCCGCGGGCUCGGCAGGGAUCCCUCUGCGCUGGAUGGGGAUGGCGACCAGGAGGAGAAGGGGCUUGGGGCCAGGCGGCAGCAGUGGGACUCGUCCUCAGCGUGGGGAGCAGCGCUGUAGCUGUCCCCCCCGUCCUUCUGUCACCCCGUCCUUCUGUCACCUCUGUCUCAGCCCCUCUGAAAAUCCAGCACCGCGUCUCGCCCCAAGACCUUACCGUUGCACUCCAGACCCUCAGAUCUGUUUGGUUUUCCUGUAGCGAGUUUACCCUUUUCUGUAGCUUUCUGGAGGGAGGGGGGGAAAAAAAAGAAGCUGGUUCUGCCUGGAAAAGUGGAACCUCCCCCGCGAGGUUGUGCAGGGCUGCCGCAAUGGGGCUGGAGGGGGCAGAGGGAGUGAGGAGCUGGGUACCAUCCAUCCUGCAGCUAUUUCCCUCCCGCCCUGAUCCUGACACCCACCAGGACCCCCACCCUGUGCUACGCCCCCCCCCCCGCAUCCCCAUCGCCCCCCGCGCACCCCAUCUUAGCAAUACCGGUAGGAUCCCAGGAGCCCCGAGUCCCGCAGCCCUCUUAGCUCAUAAAGCUGGCCCUUUAUUUUGCUAUUACAUGCCUUAAUAUAUGUUUUAUGGAAAUUAUACAUUUAUAAUAUAUAUCUAUAUUUGGUUUUCUCUUCUUUUCUGGGAGGUACUGUUUUGUGCUAAUCUCUCUCUCCACAGGGCUGUUGGCACCAGCCCUGCCAAUGAGUUGCAAAAGCAGAUUCUUUGCCAAUCUAUCAGAGGGGGGGGAAAAAAAAAAAAAAAGAAAAUUUAAAAAAAAAAAAAAAAAGGAGAAAAAAAAAUACCUAUUUAAAAUAUAUAUAUUUUUUCUGCUUUUAUUAAAAGCAAAUUUAUUUAAAAUAAAAUAUAAAAGAGACUGUAAGUUUUAAGAGAUGACGCGUUUAUUUCCCUGUCCCCGAGUGCAGUGGCGGGGUGGCCGGGGCGGGCUCCCCAGCCCGUGUAACCGGGGCAGACCCCACUUACACUGGCUGCGGGGACACCGCCGGGACGUCCCGGCUGUGGCCCACGCCGGGGCUGGGAGCUGCCCGGUGGGGAGCCGAGGGGGCACCCAGACCCACGGGCAGCAGUUCCUCCUGGUUCUGGGGGCCGGAGGGGACGAGGAGCAUCCCCGUGCUCCGGUUCCCGGAGCCACCGGUGAGCUCCAUGCUGCGGUGGCCGGGUCUGAGCAUUCCCCAAACCGUGAGCGCAGCCCGGUGCACCACCACCCCACGGCUGCCCUGUUGUGGAACCUGGUAGUCCUUAUUUUGUGUUUUUGUUUUUUUU